CUGUCUGUCCCAUGAAGAAGAUAUAUGACUCUAGUGUUCUGUCUUCUAUUUGGAGGUCAAGUUUUCAAUUAAAUAAUUGAAAGACGACAGCAAAACAACACAAUUGUUUUCGUUUUCAAAAUACAACGAUAUACACACAUCCAUACAUAUAACCAAUAAAAACAACUUGCCUUGAGGUCAAAUGUCAAGUAAAACAGUGAAUGAAUGAAUGACGUAAAGUAAACUAAACUAAAGUGAAUGAAAUACAGUGUACAAGUGUUGUGUUUGUUAUUAUUGUUGGUAACUUACGUCAGUUAUUAAAUGAUAAAAUUAAAUUCCAAAUAAAAUGCAGAAAUAUCUUUCACUAUUAUUCAUACUUUACAUUUGCUGUGCGUGUCAUUAUCAGGCUAAUGCCAAGCAAAAAGAUGCCCCCUUUAAGGAGGUCAGAUGUAAUUCCGCCACAAUUAGAUCCCUUAAAGACUUUGAUAAGCUGCAAAAUUGCACUGUGGUAACUGGCCAUGUGCGUAUAGUGCAUAUGCAUUUUACUGCUGAGUUGUUGGCUCGUGUGAACUCCUCGAAUAUAGAGGAAAUCAGUGAAUAUUUAUUGGUCUAUCGUGUUGAGGGUCUUGAUAGUUUGGAAAGACUUUUUCCCAAACUGGUGGUUAUACGUGGUGUUGAAUUGUUGUAUGAUCAAUAUGCUUUGACUGUUUUGGAGAAUCGAGAUUUGCUGAAUAUAGGUUUGGUGAAUUUACUGCGUGUAUUGAAGGGUUCUAUACGCGUGGAAUCGAAUCCUUCGCUGUGUUUUACCCACACCAUUAAUUGGGUGUCGAUUUUGGGUAAUAAUACCAAGCAAUUUUACUAUGUGAUGAAGAACAAUAAAUCCCCCAAUCAGUGUCCCCUCUGCUACACCUAUCAGGAUGAAUUGAAAACCAUAGAGGUGAAUCGUCACAAGAAAUGCUGGUCUUUGGGUAAAUUCCAGAAAACCACCUUGGACUAUAUAGGAGGCAAAAAGUGCUACAAACAAGGAGGAAGAAGCAGUUGUUUGACCUCUUGCUUCGAUAACAAUUGCAGGCACUGCACAAAUUAUGUCUCGGAUAGAGGUUGCGUGGAAAAUUGUUUGCCUCCCAAAUAUAGAUUGGCCUUUAAACGUCAAUGUGUUAGUGAUUGCAGCCAGUGGAAGCUUAAACAAUUGGGUAUGGAAUGUGUGGAAGAAUGUCCCAAACAUUAUCAGGAAGUAAAGAAAAAUGACAAGAUCUCGUGUGCUUUAAAUUGUACCGGCAAUUUUGUGGUUCAUAGCAUAGAAGAUUUGGAAGGUUUGGCUGAUUGUACGACAAUAGAGGGUUCCUUAACUAUAGAGUUUUAUGAGAUAAAUAAACCCAUAAUACAAAAUUUGGAACAGGCUUUCCGCCACUUAAACGAAAUUACCGGUUAUCUAAAGAUACUAAAUUCUCCGCAAAUAGUUUCACUACAUUUCUUUAAAAAUUUGCACACUAUCAGAGGUUUGGAACUAAUAGAAAAUAGGUAUUCUCUUUAUGUGGUGGACAACCAAUAUUUGGAAGAAUUAUGGAUUGGUAGAGUGGCCAUUUUGCAUGGCUGUGUUUAUUUCCAUUUAAAUCCCAGCCUGUGUUAUGAAAAAAUAACCGAUUUAAAGGAGAAUUUUAAAGAAUGCCAACGUAUAACGAUCAAGGAUGCAUCCAGGAACUCAAAUGGCGAAAGAGUAGUGUGUGGUCCCGACAAACGCGAUCUUACCGCCAAUAUUACCGAUUACAAUUCCAAUUCCGCCGUCGUCCAAGUGGAUUUAAUGUCAUCUGAAGAAUUUAGCCUGUUAAUUGGUUACGUCUAUUACUAUAAAGAAGCUCAUGAUAGGAAUGUAACGAAAUUCGAUGGUCGUCAUGGCUGUGGAAGAGAUGGCUGGCUGACAGAUGUCGUUGUUACCCAUCGUAGGCGUCAUAUUUUAAGGAAUAUGAAACCGGCCACUCAAUAUGCGUAUUUUGUUAAAAGUAUGACCACAAUGGAUUAUCCGUAUUUAGCGGAACAUGUAUCGGAAAUAAAAUAUUUUCAAACGGAGCCGGCCAAGCCGGGAUUGGUUGCAAAAAUGUAUACACAUUCCUUGUCCACAAAAGAGAUUGAAGUUCAUUGGUGGCCACCACGCAUGGCUAAUGGCAUUAUAGAGAAAUACAUUUUGCAAUAUGAAGCAACAAACGAAACCAUGCCCUCUGAAACAACUACGCAAAGUAAAGAAGAUUUGUGUCAAUGUCCUAAACUAGAUGCCGAAUCGAUAAUACCCACACCCCAUGUGGAUAAUUAUCACAAUAAAGAACAAUGGCUCUACAAAGAUGCCUUAAGUAAUUUUCUCUUCCAGAAAAGCCAAACAACCGAGCAGAAGCCGAGUGCAAAGUCGGACAGCAAUGAUACUGGUGAAGCUCGCGUUAGCAUGGCUAUCAGCCAAUUGGAAGAGCAAAAUACUAAAAAACAAGAGGAAGCCAAAGAAAUGUACAUUUUACCACAUCCCUAUCCCGUAUGCAAUCAGUCCAAUCCCAACAUACAAGAUCAGGCGGAAAACAAGUGUAUACCGCUGGAUAGGUAUGACGGGGCGAUUGAAAUACCCAGUCAUCGACAUUCCUACAUAUUGAACAAUUUGUCACCCGAAAUAACGUAUCGCAUUAGUUUGAGGGCCUGUGUUAAGGAUUUAGCCAAUGGCUGUGGUGCUGAGAAUGUUAUAUUGGCGGAGACAGUGAGCAAACGUUUGGAAACGAUAUUGGAAAAUUUAUCAUUACACAAGUUGUAGAGAGUUUAAUUGUAAAUAACUUUAUAAGUAUUAUUAAGUAAAACUAAAAAUAGUUAUAAAUUUUGUUUAAAAGAAAAUAUGCAAAAUAAAUG